AUGAGCCCCGUUCCUGACAGAGACAUGCCGGUGUGGGAUCUCGUGCCGGUGUGGGAUCUCAUUGAUACUACACGGAGCCUGGAUAUCCCAACAUUUCAUAUUGUUUAUUCGUCAUUGCUUGGCUCUAGGAUGGCAGAUUGGGUCUUCGAACAGUUUAGCCAGGGACUUUAUUCUCCCGGUGAAGUCCAGACACUCAGAAACAUUCUGGUCGAACUGAAGAAUACCCAAUCCAAUAUCAUAUGCAUGAGAACGAAGGACACGAUGUCCAAGUGGAAUGCCUUCCAAGGAAAGGUGGAGAGAGUUCUAGGGGAUACAGUUGACUGGUGGCCCUUCCAUCCUUACAUGGCACCUCUUUCCGAAGGAGAAGUGAGACUAUCUUGGGACUGUACCUGCGGUGAUCCUCGUUGGGCAGUUGUUCCAAAGUCCUUUAGCACCAAAAUGAUCGAUCUUUCCUUUCAGAAUGCAACACAGCCCAGCCAGGAAAAGGCACCGAGAAAUGACGUUUCCCUUUCGAACAAGUCUUCCAUCAAUGAUAACUUUGGCAUGAGGACGAGAUCGCAAACUGUGAGGUCUGCCUCCCAAUCAGGUCUUCCUCGAUCGGCAGUCGAGCACCAAAGUCCAGCAAGUGCUCAAAUUACUCAUCAUCAACGACAUGCUUUCCUUGUUUUUUUCAAUUCCUCCAUCCUUGGCAACGUACACCUUCUCGCUCAGACAGAUGUACAUAACAUGAAUGACCAGGAGUUUUUCAAAUGGCUCCGGAACUCAUAUCACUCCCAACGCGGCGUUUUCGCCAUCUGGUUUGGACUUUUCAGAUUUUCACACUGUGAAUUCUUCCGUGUAAGUUCACAUGAGAUCAUAUUUGAUUGUUCAAUGCUAUCAAACAUCUGA